AUGCCGGACCGUGUCCACCGUGCUCAGCCAUGGGCCCCAAGCAGAGUUGCUACUGUGGCAAGCAGGAAACGACGAGACGAUGUGUCGAAACAAACUAUGAGACGGGAUGGAGCUGCGGUGCCGUGUGCGGCGACAUCAUGCCGUGCGGCGAGCACACUUGCCAAAGACCCUGUCACGAAGGCCUCUGUGGCGCGUGUACCGCCGAGGUUGACGCCCGAUGCUACUGUGGAAAGGUGGAAAGGAAGAUAUCAUGCAAUGAACGAGGCGAGGAGAAACGAAGCAGUGACUGGAUUGGGCUCUUCGACUGCGGUCAACCAUGUGACAGACCCCUGGACUGUGGAGUUCAUCGCUGCGAAAAGGCAUGCCAUCCCCAAGAUGCGACAAUACCACACUGCCCGAGGUCGGUCGACGUCGUUACCCACUGUCCCUACCCAAUUCCGAGCUGCGAAAAGGAAUGUGGGAAAUCAUUACCAUGCGGUCACAAAUGCACGCAGAUUUGCCAUCAUGGAAGAUGCAGCCCUUGCACCCUCAAAGUCGCUCAACCAUGUCGGUGUGGUCGCAAUUCGUUUGACGUCGUCUGCCACGAUGCGACCGAGGAACCACCUCAGUGCACACGUUUGUGCAAGGCUACCCUCAAUUGUGGUCGCCACGAGUGCGGUGAACGAUGUUGCACGGGAGAGCGCAAAGCUUCUGAGCGUCAGGCCACCAAGCGAAAGCUCAAACCGCUAG